AAAAAAUAUGACCUCUGACCUCUUUUCAAUGUCAGGAAGCAACGAGGAUUGCAUGGUUUUAAAAAAUUCAAAAUAAAAAAAUUGAAGCAGAGAUUUCCUGAGGUAUAUUGACUUACAAUGGCAAUAUUAGGAGUCCAAGUUGUUUUCAGUUUAGUUAUGUUUACAUUUCUUCAUAAGCUAGCACCAUAUUAUUCAAUAGGUCGUUGGAUUCUUUCAAAGCGACUUUAUCGUUAUUUACAUCCAACAAAUGAAGAGCUGAAGCAGCUAGCUGCUGGGAACACCACUGGAAAACCAGCAAAUCUGUCUGGUAAAGCCAAGCGUAGAAAAAACACACAGGCCGCUAGUCCUGAUGAAACAUUCACUGUACCAAGAAAUAUUCCUCUUGAGCUUGACCAAGCUCAAGUUGAAGAUAUCGAUCUUGUUACACUACAGUAUUAUUCUGAAUACACUUGGCUGAUGGACUUUUCACUCAGUGCUUUGGUCAUUUAUGUUUUGACUGAAAUAUAUUAUGUCAUCACUCCUCAUCGUAUUGAAUUCAAUUUGAGUGUGUUGUGGUGCCUUUUAGCUGUUGCAUUUUGUGUAAAGAUCUUGGCAAGUCAGGCAUGGCUUUACAUGAGGACUGAAGAAGGAGGGGAGCGGGUGCUUUUGUUCACCUUCACUUUCUUCUUUCUAGUGUUUGCCAUGGGAGUUCUUGUAGUUGGUGAUAACAUCAUUGAAUUUGGAAUUGAAGAAGGCUACAAAAACUUUUCAUUAAAUGCUAUAGAAUUUCUAGAAAAACAAGGGACAUCUUCUCAUGGGCCUGUCUCUUUUCUUACCUUUAAAAUUGUGCUAGCGGUGAUGGGUAUGUUAGUCGGAGCUUUGCUUACCUUUCCUGGCUUGCGAAUGGCAAAACUACACCUUGACACACUUAAGUACACUCAAGGCAGAAAAAUAAUGCAGAUGAUUGUGCAACUUAAUUAUGUACUUCCGUUUGUUUUAAUUUUGUUGUGGGUGAAACCAGUGGGGAGGGAUCUCUUGUGUGGGAAAACAAUGAGGUUUGGUAAAUCUCUGUUUUAUGAGAACCAGUUUGAUGGAUUCAGAUUGCAUAUUCUAAUUAUCAUGUGCGGCCUCCGCUUGAUGCUAAUGCCAGUAUUUCUCCAGACUCACCUCAAUCUCGCCCAUGAGAAAGUAGAGAAUAUUAAAAAGGAAACAGGAAGGAUAUCAAACACUGAAUUACAAAAAACUGUAGCUCGAGUCUUUUAUUAUCUUUGUGUUGUAGCCAUACAAUACGCUGCCCCCAUUCUUUUGAUUCUGUUCACAACAUUCCUUCUUAAAACACUUGGUGGAUUUUCGUGGUCUAGUCUGUUUGGAGAAACAGCUGAGGAAUUCUUUAAUGGUGGCACAAAGCCGGUCACAAAGUAUCCCAGUAUCAAUAUUGAUAGCAGCGCCGUGAACUCAAUAAUGGACUCAGCGGCUCACUUAACUGGAGCUCUUGGAGACAUUAAAGGCAUCUUCAGUUCAGUCUGGUACAGGGGUGUAAUUACCUACUUUCUCUGGUGGGUUGUUACUGCCUGGUUCUCCAGUACAUCUUUAGGAGUGAUGUAUUAUUCACAGUCUUCUUAAGAUGUUCAACAUUAAUCAUUGAUAAUGAUCCUGCAGUAGGAGAUAAUCUCACAACUAACCUAGAAGAUAAUCCAUAAAGAAAUUGCUGUGUCAUGCAUGUUGGGUAAUAAUACAUUUGUACUUUCAUUUUUAAUUAAAAGGAGUUCACCUGCAUUGCCAGGUUUUUCUGCUUCAAAUUGUGUGAAAAGAGUUCAUUUACAAACUUGUGUAUGGUUCAGUCCACGUGAAACAUCUGCAUAUUUGAUAUGAUAGCCUGUGUAUAAGAAUUAUUAGAAGUUCAUUGUUUAAUGACUUUUAUAUCUGAUAACGAUUAAUAAAGAUAUUUGUAAUCUUUCCUCUCAACAUCAUCGGAACUAUGACCUUCAACAUGAUGUUUGAUCAGAGGGAUUUCUUUCAAUGUGUAGUUUAAGAUAGAGAAAAAAAAUUCUUGUACUCAGAAACAGAAUGAAUGCUAGAGUUAAUGUACUUUUAACUUUAACUUAAGGUGUAAAAUGAGUGUUAACUGUAAUUAACUAUGAAACUGUCUUGUUUUUUAUCUCAAUAUUUUGAAUCUCAGAUGGUCCAUUGAGUUAAGUAUAAACAAGUUAAUUAAAAUGAAUUUAUAAGCAUUUAUUAAAUUGUUGAACUUUACUUCAAACAAGAUUUUAGCCCUUCCCCUUUGACCUAUCAUGUGACAGCGUGGUUGGGUGGUGGAGCACACAACUACUAGCCUGGAUGUCACCUCUGAGGUCACACAGCUGUGAUAGGUACCUUACAAGCAUAAGGGAAAGUAAAGGUCGCUGGACAUCAAACUGGCCACAUCAUCCCAUCUAUUUAUAUGCAAGAGGGCACCUUUAUUUCUUAUCACAUUGGUGAUACUGCUAACACUACUGGUUAUUUAAUGCUAUUUUAAGUGUGAACUUUCUUUUAAUAUGUAAGCAGAUUUUUUAGAUAUAUCACAUAGAUAUUUAAGUGGUUACAUAUUGUAUGAUUGUAAUGUUAUUUUAUUUUUAACAUUUUGGCAUUUAAUUGAUCCUGCAUUUAUUAUUCAAUGUAACAAUUUUAAAAAUUGUGCAUAUAAUGUACUAACGAGUAUUCCAUCCACACCAUAAAUGCUGCUUACUCCUGUCAUCCCAUUGUGUUUUCAAAAUUUGUUUGAUUUUUUUU